AUGAAAGUAAGUUGUAUGUGCAAUAUCAGAACCAAGUUGCUGAAAUUCUGAUAUCGUACGAUGGAGAUCAACCUCUCAUUGAAGUUGAAGAGAAUGAAGAUAAUGGGACGUUUGAAGAAUUCGAAUAUGAAAACGAAGUAUUGGAUGAGGCCGAAGGUUUCUACGUUAGCGAAGAAUUACCAUCGAACGAACCUGACCUUGAGGGAGAGCCUCUGGAACUAAAGUUAGAAAAAAGUGUGGACGAAACCCAUUUAACCUGGAAACAAAAACGAAAGGCGAAAAAUUUUUUAAAUAUUAAAAAAGCGAUCUUUGCACGUGAUACCAACGAUCUAGGCCAAACCAACCUGAUGGUAUAUGAAAUCGACACGGGAAGUGCGACCCCAAUUAAGCAAACUCCCUAUAGGGCCGCCCCAGC